AAAAAACAAGGAAGAGCUCACAGGCUGUUCAGGUUAGUGUUUGUGUAUGUGCUGCUACACUUUCUAUCUUGGAGACGAAGGAAUACAGGAAUUAUCCUCCCCCGGUUGGCGGGUCCCUCAACAUGGAUAUGGACGUCCCGGACUCCCCUCACGAGGACAUGGGGCUGCUAAAGACGUUUGACUCCUCUGAGUUUGGCAACUGGGAGAAGAUAGGCUCAGGUGGAUUUGGGCAGGUAUACAAAGUGCGGCAUGUGAAGUGGAAAACAUGGCUGGCCAUCAAGUGUCCUCCCUGCCUUCAUCUGGAUGAAAAGGAUCGCUCUGAGCUCCUCGAGGAGGCGAAGAAGAUGGAGGCGGCCAAGUUCAGGUACAUCCUGCCGGUGUAUGGGAUCUGCAACGACCCUCAGGGCCUGGUCAUGGAGUACAUGGAGACCGGCUCUCUGGAGAACCUGCUGGCCAACGAGCCACUGCCCUGGGAGCUUCGCUUCCGCAUCAUCCACGAGACGGCAGUGGGCAUGAACUUCCUACACUGCAUGAACCCGCCGCUUCUCCACCUGGACCUGAAACCCGCCAACAUCCUGCUGGAUGGCCACUACCACGUCAAGAUAUCUGAUUUUGGCCUGGCCCGGUGGAAUGGCCUGGCCCAGACUGAUGACAUCAGCAGAGAGGGCUUCUGCGGCACCAUAGCCUACCUGCCGCCAGAAAGAAUCAUAGAGAAGGACAGAAUCUCAGACACGAAGCACGAUGUCUACAGCUUCUCCAUCGUGAUCUGGGGCAUUCUCACACAGAAGAAACCCUACCAGGGAGAAAACAACAUCCUGCAGAUUAUGGUGAAAGUGGUUAAAGGAGUUCGUCCAGAUCUGGGUUUAGUGCCAAGAAGUCGACCUUCUACCUGCGCCGGUUUCCUGAGCCUCAUGCAGCGCUGCUGGGUCAACAGCCCUAAUGCCAGACCCACCUUUCAAGAAAUUACAUCUGAAGCUGAGGAGCUUUGCUCCAAACCUCAAGAUGAGCCCAGGACCCCAAGGUUAUCAACGUCAUCGGAACCAGAACCCUUGUCCCCUAACCCAGUCGCCAGUGACCAGAGUAAUGCCAGCAAACCGGUGCGUCCAAAGUCGGCCAUGCUGCCGGAAAAAGACUACAGCCUGUCAGAGCUGCUGAACCAGGUGGAUUCUGGGAUCUCAAGGAGCUUCGAUCGGGUGAAGGAGGACAGCAUCCACAGCAAAGAGAACACCUGUAAGAGACUCUCGGGCAUCUCCUCCGCAGAUUCAGCCUUCUCAUCCCAAGACUCCAUCACCCUGUCCUUUGAAAAGGAAACCACAUUUGAUUCCGCUGAAGUCCAGAAGCGGAAGCUAUGUGACGCCAUCAGGACCAAAGACACCGCUAAGCUAAUGAAAAUCCUCCAGCCUCAGGAUGUUGACCUUCCUCUUGAAGGAGGAGACAGCCUCCUCCACUUUGCCAUCACUUUGGGUAACGAGGAGGCCGUCAAGUUCCUCCUUCUGAAUGAUGCCAAUCCAAAUCUGCCGAACGUCCGCGGUUCCACGCCUCUCCAUCUGGCCACAGAAAAGCACCAGAAGCUACUGGCCGAACUUCUGCUCGGUCGGCGCAGGACUAAUGUGAACGCCAAAGACGAGGACCAGUACACGCCCUUGCACUGGGCGGCCCAGAACGGAGAUGAGGCCAUGACGCGACUGCUGCUGGACCGCGGGGCAACCAUCAAUGAGACUGAUGGCCAGGGACGCACACCGGCCCAUGUGGCGUGCCAACACGGCCAGGAAAAUGUGAUCCGGGUGCUGCUGAGCCGCAACGCCGAUGUUCAGGUCAAGGGCAAGAACAACUGGACGGCGCUUCAUUUCGCUGCCUGGCAGGGGCACCUGGGCAUCGUCAAGCUGCUGGUCAAGCAGGCCGGCGUGAACGUGGACAGCCAGACAACAGACGGCCGUACGCCGCUGCAUCUCGCAUCCCAAAGGGGGCAAUACAGAGUAGCACGGAUCCUGAUCGAACUGGGUGCGGACGUCCGCGUAACGUCAUCUGAGCAAAACACGGCGCUACACGUGGCAGCAGAAACGGGCCACACCAGCACCUCCCGCCUGCUCAUCAAACACCAGGCAGACGUAAACAUCCAAAACGCCCAAGGACUCACACCACUCCACCUAGCGUCUCAGCAGGGGCACCUGGCCACGGUCAAGAUGCUGAUUGCAGAGGGGGCUGACCCCUACUUGUCUGACCGCGCUCAGCGUAUCCCCUGCCACUUGGCAGCAGAGAACGGACACAGUGAAGUUCUCAAAGAGCUGAUCCUUCACUGUCCAGAUGGCGGUGGCCUGUCGGACCAGCAGGGACUCAGCCCGCUGCACCUAGCAGUGCAGGGUGGACACUCGAACGUCAUUACCAUGCUGCUGCCGCCGCAGGUCUGCCAGGACUUAACAGAGAGCGCAGUCCAACCAGUGGCUGAGGAACCCCCUGCAGCGGAGGUCAAGCAGCUCCAAAGGAAGAUUGUUAUUCUCAAAUUGACGGAGCACAAGGACAAAGACUGCCCACAGUCCCCCAGCCCACAGUCCCCCGGCCCACAGUCCCCCGGCCCACAGUCCCCCAGCCCACAGUGUGCCUCUCCGCCAUGCUAACAGGAACAAACGCACUGUGGACUUUGUACAGAACUGUCUUCCGUACUUACCAGCUGCCUCACACAUUGGCGGGGCAUUUGUAUUGUUUUUGAAACUCUUGGACCAGUGUAGAUAUCUUCUAUUUGUGAUAAAAGCUCAAUGUAGUGCGUGCACUGUAAAUAGAAUGUAUAAACCUUUUUGUUUGACUGUUUUGGGGGAAGCUAACAUGUGUUAAAUCCGUGGAAUACCUUCUUUGUUGACCUUUUGAGUGCCUGCACUCCUCAAAGAGCUGAUCCUUCACUGUCCAGAAGGAUCAGCUACUGAUUAGUCACUGCUGCCUGUAGAUAACAAUAACAUCAACUGUACUUGCACUUCACUGUUUGGAGACGAGGCAUUGAUCUGGAAGCUGUUAAAAUUGGAAUAUGAUUUUUAUUGACUUUGUGGAAAGCUGCACAGCCACCUCAGGUAGCAAUGUUACCAUUGUUACCUCCAAUGGUAACAAUGGUAACAUUGACACUGUUCUGCAACUCGCUGUUUGAAGACAACAUUAGGAAUCUUGAACUGUUAAAAUUGGGAUCUGUUCUUUGUUGACAUUGCGAACCGCUGCAAUCUGUAGGUAAGGAUUAUGGAACGCUGGCUGUACUACACCUGAUUGUUCAGAUAUAUGUUUUGGAGCUCAGUCUGUAAAGACCAAGGAUGUGAUGUAUUAAAAGCCUUUGAACCUUUU